CUUCAGUGCUUCUUCACAGAGCAGAAAGAAAGAGAGAGUUCACUGAGGGGGAAAUCUGUUCUCUGUUUCUGUUGCUUGAUGUUUUUGACUCUGGAGCAGAGAAAUGAGACUGAUGAUCAGCAGCAACUGAAACGACAGACAGACAUGGACAAACAGAAAGUGCUGGCCAAGCUGAUCUCGGAUCUGCAGUCCUUCCUGUCUGUUCUGGACUCUGAACAGAACCUGAGUUACAUUGCUCAGUCUCAGAAGAAAUCCAUUUCAGAGCUGCUGUCCAAACUGCAAACAAACGACACUCCUGUGGAAGAUGCUGAGUACAUGAUCAUGAGCUGUCCAUCAUCGUCUCCUAGCAACGAGCUGGCAGACACACCUGGGACAGAUAUGUCUGCUUGUCCAGGAGGUGUCCAGUCUGAGCUGGUCUCAAAUCAGGACUCACCUGUGUGGCUGACAAAAGGGGGCCCUGAGGUGCCACCCCUACCUCCGGGAGGUCUCGGAGGUGAUGAGGAUGAUGAAGAUACCUAUGAGGAGGCGGAACCUUACUUACCUGACACAACCAUGUCUAACACUGUAAAGGCGGAGUCAGACAGCAGUCACUACGAGUCGUACGGGGAGGAAGAUGGUGAUGAUGAUGAUGAUGAUGAGAAGCCUGUGAAGGACAGAGCUCACUACAUCCAAUGGAGCGCCUCCCAGCCCUGCCUAAGACCCAUCCCAGAGUCCCGCUUGUGUGGUUACCUGUGGAAAAGAAAAUGGCUUGGACAGUGGACCAAACAGCUGUUCAUCAUCAGGAGUGACGAACUGCUGUGUUAUAAAUGUGCUCAGGACCUGCUGCCUCAGCUGGAGUUGAACCUGCGCGGCUGUCGGCUUUUCUACAAGUCAAAGAGCAACAGGAAGAUCCAGCACCAGCUGAAACUGGUGUUACUGGGAUCAGAGACACUGGUGCUGGGUUACAGCAGUUUCCAGCAGGCCGACGAAUGGAGGAGGGUGAUAGAGGAGGUGAGUGCCGGGCGUGAAGUGGAGACUCAGAGCUCGUUGUCUCUGAUCAGAUCAGACGGGUUGCUGUCCUGCAGGUCCAGUACAGUCCAAAUUGACUCUGAGGAAGAGAAACCUUCAGCUGAAUGCGUUCUCAACAAAGAAAAAGGUUUCCUGAGCGUGCUGAUGAACUGUCAGUGGCAGAGUUUACUGUGUCAGGUGGAGGCAGGUCUACUCAACAUGUUUGGAGAGGAGAAGAAGGAGGAGGAGGUAGAGAGGUCGCCUCAGUACACCGUCCAGCUCAGAGGGUGUGAGGUCAGAGGUGGGCCUGACACCGACCACUCCUACAGGAUCACACUGAGCAUGCUUGGUGACCAAGUGGCUGUGCUGGAGGUGAGUAGUUCAAGUGAAAAGGAGCGAUGGUUAAAGCUGCUGCAGGACGGAGCUGCCAAUCCCAGUCACCAAGACAAGAACACACAGAUCAACACAGGUGGAGCUCUCAGUGGGCUGCAGACUAGAAGGUUUCCCACCUCCAAUACCUACAUGGACGACCCCUUCUGCCUUAGUGGAGCAGGCCAAGACCAACCCAUCUACUCCAACACCUCCAUACUGGAGCUUAUGCUCCACAGCUCUCAGGAUUCAGUUCAAUGCAGCUCGGUGUCAUCCAGAGACUCAGUGACCUACAGCAACACCAUCUUCACCGGCCCCAACAGGAAGUCGGUGGAGGUGGAACGAGGCGUUCAGAAGCUUGACUUAACGGGGAAGAGGACGGUGCAGCUGAGGGCGGGGUCAGAGAUAAACUUGGCCUCUGUUGGCAAGCAAAACAAACGCACCUCGUUUAGACAGUCGCUGGCCAUCUGCAGUGAGCGUGCUCAGGCAGGUUUCCUAAACCCUCUGCUGCGACGGACGGCCUCAGCUAAAAACUCCCUUAGACGAGCUCCUUCAGCGCUGUUCAUUGAACAUGGAAAGGUAUUCCAGAGGAGGAAGGAAUGGGAAACCAAAGCUGCUACUUGAUACCAACCAUCUGUUGUCAUUAUCGUUAUCAUCAUCAUCAUCAUCAUCAUCAACAUCUACAAACAGUCCUUUCAAUUAAAGAACUUUCUGACAUGCUUUACAAUGAGUGAAGUUACUCAUUAUGGUCAGAGGGGGAGAAAGUAUAUUUUACUUCCAUAAAAAUAGUAAAACCACAGUAAAGGAAUACUCUGUUACAAAUCAAAGUCCUAAUCUUAACUAAAAUCACAAAAAUAUUAGCAUCAAAAUGAACUUAAAGUACCAAAAUUACUCAUUAUGUAGAAUAAUAUACUAUAU